AAAAAAAAAGAGGAAAUCAAUCUUAAUCAUGAUACCAAUGUCAACUCCAAAGGCACGAAUGAUGGCGGUGCGACGUCAGAUCGUCAGGACAUUUAAAAAGCAUCAGCUAACUCUUCAACUCGAUGCCACAGAAUUCUUGGAACAGACUUUGGAAGCACAAGAUAUACCUCCGGAAGAUCUGAAUGAUACACUUGAAAACAUUGCUGUAGGAUAUGUAGCUCGGGAAGGAUUAAACCUGGUGAGUCGAGCUCGUUUGGAGAUUGUAUUGGAGAGUAUGCAGAAAUGGACACAUCACUUGCACGAGAAGCCCACGCGCAAUACACUUGAUCCACAUAAAUCUCAACAACCACAACAACAAUCUAUGAUGAAGGUCUCUCAAUCGAUAUCGUCGCAACGGCCUGAUCCACACGAUCUAGAAUCAAUUGAUAUGGAUUCAGUCCGACAUGGAAUAGAGGAGGUAGAAGAAAGGGAACGAUAUCGUUCGUCGUAUAAUGCUGAUGGUGAUGAUGACUUUUCAAAAGGUCAACAAUACGGAUCAGAACCGAUGCAAGAUGAGAAUAUGUACAUGGUAGGAGGAAGAGAAGGAGAAGCAGAAGGAGAAGGAGAAGCAGAAGAGGACGAUGUGGACAUUACAGAGUUGUUUCAUGUGAUCGAUGCGUUUUCGAUGCCACGUUGGGACUGGGCAUCCGACAUCAAGACUUUCACUCGUGUUGAAGAUAAUGAUAGCUCGGCUCGUCAUCCCUCAAAUCAUCAUCACCAUCACCAAGUCAAUGGAUCAAGUACGAUAGCAACAAGUACAAAUGCGAGCAAAGGGGCGAAUCAGUUGUUAGGAUCAGCAAAAGAAAAGACUGCGAUGUUUCGAGCUCGAUAUCACUUGUUAUUACAGCGUAUUUUGAGGAAUGAACAUUUUGCGCCACCCGUGUUCACAGGAGGGAUGAAACAGGAUCGGUAUUUGAAGAUCACACCACUGAAAGCAUUGAAGGGUCGAGCAGGGGAACGAUUCCUGAUGUUUGGGAUGCUUGUUCGGAACAGUCAUGGGAGAUUCUGUUUAGAGGAUGCGGAUGAUCGAGUGGAGCUUGUUUUUCAACAUAGUCGAAACACUGCUGGAAUGUUCACAGAGAAUUGUUUUGUGUUGCUGGAAGGAAAGUAUACGGACGAUAACAAUAUUCACGUUGAUGCUAUUGGUCUACCACCUCCUGAGUUACGUGAGGAAACAAAAAAAGUAUUUGGAAAUAUAGACUUUUUAGGAGCGCCAAGGGAGAUGAGAAGUGAAGAACAGCUCAAGGUGAUUUGUGAAGAAUAUGAAGAUAUUUGUUUCGUCAUUCUCUCGGAUCUGUGGCUGGAUCAACCCAAGACGUUUACAACGUUGCGAACGAUUUUUGAGGGUUAUUCCAAUUCGACGCUGCCAUUAGCAUUCAUCAUGUGUGGAAGUUUCAAAUCGGUGCCGUUUUUGCUCAAUGGACUUGAAUCAGCCCCUUAUAGAGAGGGAUUCAAUCAGCUAGCAGAAUUGAUUGCAGAGUUUCCGACGAUGGCUACAUUUAGCUAUUUUAUCUUUGUGCCUGGCCCAAACGAUCCUUGGGACGGUGGCAUUUUGCCUCGACCAAAGAUCCCAGAUUUUUAUACGGCUAAAGUUAGAUCAUUAGUGAAGCGAUCUAUCUUUACAUCAAAUCCAUGCAGGAUCAAGUAUUGUGAUCAAGAAAUUGUGAUUUUCCGAGACGAUAUUUUGAACCGGAUUCUACGUAAUUGUAUUGUUUCACCUUCUGGAGAUGUCGUGAUCCAGAAGCAACUUGUCAGAACACUCGUGGAUGGCGCACAUCUCUCUCCUCUGCCGUUGACAACGCGACAAGUUGCUUGGGCUUACGAUCAUGCUCUCAGGAUUUACCCCAUUCCAGACGCUUUGAUCUUGGCGGAUAAAUUCGAGGCGUACAACUUCAAUUACCAGAAUUGUCAUUGCAUGAAUCCUGGGAGCUUUCCUACGAGUGAUUAUUCAUGGAUGGUUUAUCAUCCGGCAAAGAGACAAUCUGACGUUUGUCAAAUACCCAAAGCAACACGAUAAUCUCACAAUUACAACAACGAUUAAAAAGAAAGU